AAACGUUUGUUUUUAAGCACUGAAAUAUAAUAUUUACGACGUGAAACGCAGGGAAGGUGAAGGCAGCACAGCAGAGUGACGAACUGACCGUUACAAAAACAAAUCGACCGACGCGACUUCAUGAAGUUUCAACUCGUUCUACCAAAAGACAGAAAAAAGAAGGUCUAUAGAUGGACGGUGAAGACGGGCGGUUGGAUCCUGUCCGGAGUUUGACUGUCAACAGUUUCAGGUUGGACGCUGACAAGUGGCGGGAGUUUGUUUCCGAGGAGGAGAAUCAAAUUAUCCUCAACAGUUUCUUUGACACCCAGGAUUACUGUAACCUGUUCAUCUGUCAAAAUUCAAAGUCUGGACUCUCCGCUAGCCUCACCAUCCCCCCAAAUGUCCAAACUAAAGCCAUCUGUGUCUCCAAAACGGGCCGUGAAAUUAUCACGACAGAAAAUACUAGAAAGAUGCUAACUGCUCAAGAAGUUCAGGGAGAAGACACCAUUAACUUCCUCAUAGCUGUCUGUGAGGAGGUGAUCUGCCCGUUGCUUAGCAACCCUGAGACCAGCAGCAACUGGGCGCCAGGCGUGGCCCAGGAUGCUCUGAGGUUCAUAGAGAAGCAGAAAAAUGAAGCAGUGGUGAUGAAGGAUCAAACAGAGGGGCAGACAUUUCUACAUCAUCCUGACGCUCUCGAUGAUGAUGCUGAAAGGCGGAAGUUGUCGGAGGUGGAGCUCCUCCACAGCUGUGAUACAGCGAUCAUAGAGUGGGCGGAGCUCGUCUCAGAGUUCCUGCAGCAGGAUUCAUCUCAGCCACUUCUGGAUGGACUGAAGCCGCUUCCCUCAGAGGAGUUUAAUUUCUGGAAGAACAGACUGAAAAACCUGCAUUUCAUCCAACAGCAGCUGAUGAGCAGCAGAGCUCAGCAGGUGGCGUCCAUCGUUCAGAAGGGGGGAAGCGUCUACUGGUCUGUUCUCAGAGAUAUUUACAGAGACAUCCGGGAAGAUCUCCUCCUCUCAGGUCUGAAGGAAGCUGAAGAUGUGACUUUGAAUCUGACUCCUCUGCAGAGGAGGCUGGAGGAGGUGGAGCAGAUGCAGUACCAGCAGCUGGGGGCGAACAUGGCAACUGUGAUGAAGGAGGUGCAUCUGGUGUGGAUCAGGUCUGAGUUCUAUAGUAAACCCUGCAGGAUGGUGGUCCUGUUGCAGGAGAUCUGCAACCUCUUCAUACAAAUGAGCAAGAAGUUCCUGCUUGGGGAGGAGAUGAUUCGUGGUCUGGUGUCAGACCCUGGUGUAGUCCUGGAUGAUGUUAGACUGGUGAUCUGCACUCUACAGACCCUCAAAGAGGUGUAUAGUCAGUGCAAGACUCAGCUGGACAGUCAGAACCCGAGCCAGGAUGGAGGCACACAGAGCUGGGACUUCCCUUCUCACCUGGUCUUCUUCCACCUGGACAACUUCCUGUCGCAUCUGCUGAGCAUCCAGGAGGUGCUGUGUGUCACUCUGCAGCUGGAUCAGCUGGAUCAGACAGUGCUGUCUGGUACCAGCAGCAGGAUGUACACUGAUGUGGUUCAGAAUAUGUAUCAGGAUUUCCUGCGUCAUGUGACGUUUCUCUCUGACUGUAGCUGUGACCCCACCGACCCCGAUGACCAGAGCUUCAAGCUGCACCUGGAUCAGUUUCAGGUCCACGUGUCAGACCUGGAGAGACAGUUGGCAUCUGUUCUUAACAGAGCCUAUAAGGACUGCUGUGUCUCCUCCUCUGCAGCAAAGCUGGUGAAAAUGUUCAGGUUCAUCCUGGACCGUCCUCUGAUUCAGAAUCAGCUGCGUCCUCAGCUAAUGCGACUGGUGCAGAUGGUCCUGGCUGAGCUGGAUCAGACAGAGCUGCUGUUCUACAGUCAGAGAGAGAAAUCAGAGACCUUCAGCAGGUUCACUCCAACUGCUGCAGCUGGACUCUGCUGGACUCAGCAGCUGAUACUAAGAGCUGAAGAUGCUCUGAACAGCUACAGGACAGUUCAAGACCUGUUUCCGGAUUGCAGUGAUUCCCAGCUGGUUCUGCAGAGGUUCAAGCAGAUUGUGGGCCUCCUGCAGGACUUCAGAGAUCGAGUGAGGUCAGACUGGAGCUGUAAGCUUGACUCAGACUGUGGAUUCAUCCUGGAACAACCUCUGAUACAACACAACCUGCAAGGCCUGUUCGAGGUGAACUGCAGCCACAAGCUGGAGAUGGUGCUGGGGGAGCUCAGGUAUGUGAGAAAGGAGACCGAUGUGGAGCUGCGACCCCACACUGUUCGACUCCUCACCUACAAAGAUGACAUCACACAGAGCUUCCUGAGCCUGAGUCACAUGGUGUCCUGCUACAACCAGGUGAUGAGGGACAUCCUGCAGGUGGAGCUUCCUUUGAUCCAGGACCAGCUGCAGGACCUGUUCCAGACUCUGUCAGCACUGCAGAGGAACACCUGGAGCUGUGAAGGUGUGCAGUGCCUGGUGGAGCAGCACAAAGAGAGAGUGUUGAUGUUCCACUCCACAGUGAGCGAGACCAGAGCCAACAUGGAUGCCAUGACAGGCAUCAUACAGGGUUUGGCAGAGCUUCACCUGCUACAACGCUCAGGUGAUUCACUGCCACGAGCUUCAGAGCAGAGCUACACAAAAAUCAGAGAAGAUGGACAGCAGCUGCUCACUUUAACACAGGUGAACAGAAGUCUAUAUGGAGCUGAGGACUCCUCUGAGUCCUGGAUCAGGUAUCUGGACCACAUUGAUGACGAGGUGGAGGACGGACUGUUCCAGCUGCUACUAAGGUCUCUGCACUACCUGUCUGACAGCAUGAAUCCAAAGCACUGCAGCACUCCGUUGUUGGUGGUCCGUCUGCAGCUGCAGGAAACAGGAAGUGUGUUUGAGCCAUCAGUGGACAGCAGCCUGUCUAACCUCCUGAAAACCAUCAUCACUGACAUUUACACAGCAGCCAGUCUGCUGCCCAGGAUCUCUGAGAGUCGCCACGGCAACUACCAGGAGUCUCUGCUGCAGAGUCCAGAUCUCUGCACAUUGGAAGAGGACGUGAUGCAUCACCUGCAGCAAGUGCAGGAGGAGGCAGAGCGUCUGAGGGCGGGGCUGGACAGGUACUUGUACCUGUGGCAGACUGACAGGAGGGUGCUGAUGCAGGAGUUCUUGACCUACAGCAGACAGCUGGGACCUGAUGAGCUGGAGCCCAAUGAGACCCCACCCACCCUGAAGGACUUUGAAAGAGAGAUUGAUUCACUCCAGAAACUGAGCGAAGAGGUGACUCACCUGGAUGAUGUCCUCGUUCUGCACAGCUGGUUGCAGGUUGACCUCCAGCCCUUCAGAGACUCCCUGCUGUCAAUCAUCCAUGACUGGAAACACAUGUACACAGAGUACCUGCUGGACUCAGUCAAUGACAGUCUGCAGCAGGUGACUCAGCGUGGUGACGAUGAUGAAGAGUUUUUCCCCACCUCCUCCAGUCUUCCUCUGUCAGAAACCAUCAUCCUACUGGAAGCUGCAGGAGUCCAGCUGCCUGAACACGUGUCGGCACAGCUGCAGUGUUGAUGGACUGAGGAGGCAGAGGACAUCUGGAACCUUAUCUUCAUUAUUUCAGCCCUUCAUUUAAAGUUUGAUUAAAAUUUCACGAAUAAACGAGUCAUGGCUGAAGCGUCAGCUCUCUCACUGAUGAA